GCUGGCGGCGGUGACAAAGCCUCAGCGAAAAUAACACGAGGCGAGUCGGACGACGGCUUCCUUCAGUCCGUCGGGUCGGAGGUGGAGGGGCAGGCUCUCGGUGCUCGCCGGUGGUGCUCGACAGCACGACAAGAAACGCGCGCGACCUGGUCGUCUUGGCCGUCAACGACGCCGCCGCCGUCCUCGCGACGAGGAGGAUGAGCCGCCGGAUGGUCGGCGACGACGUUCUCUCGGUAGUGUUUGCGGACCGCCCGGCAGGCCGAGACUUUCCAGAGCGACCGGCGGCAUCACCGCCCCGCUGAGGGGCGCGCGCACGCUCGCGCCCGCACGUCCGCACGUCGGUCCGGCGCUCACGCCCGCACGUCCGCACGCGGCGCGCACGCAGGACGGCGACAUGGACAGGAAAGAGGCUACCGAAAAGACCCCACUACUUUCCAAGGGCAGCUCCCCAUUCGGAGUAAUUGACUGUGACAAAAGCUCAUCCAACAAGCCUUCAUCUGCAAACAUGGGUAUCUUUUAUUCCCUGAGGGAGCGGCUGAAAAACAGAGUUCUUCUUGUUGAUGUACUCGCUGCACUCUUUGGAAUGGGUGCAUGGCUCUCUAUCAACGGGAUGUAUACACAGUUACCUCUUCUUGUAUUUAAUGCUCCUGAAGGCUGGGGCCUCCCUUCAUACAUUGUAGUAUUGAUUCAGGCUGCCAAUAUUGGUGGGGUCAUAUAUGGGGUAAUGCAGCAGUUUUGUAAGGGGAAAGUAUCCGAUAGCCUUUUUAUUUCCAUCUUAAUGUUUAUUGGAUGCUUGUCACUCUUACUCAUGUCAUUUUUUUAUGGACAAACUGUGGAAAUAGGAGGAAAUUUACAUAGUGUACCUUUACUGGCUCUAGUUUUCACUUGUGCACUUGUGGCUUGCACCAGUUCUGUUCUCUUCAUUCCCUACAUGAGUCGUUUCAGAGAAACAUACCUUGUGUCAUACAUGAUUGGGGAAGGACUUAGUGCCUUUGUACCGAGCAUCACUUCUUUGCUCCAGGGUGUUGGAGGAAAUCCUGUUUGUAGAGAGGUCAACAGUACAGAUUCUAUUAAGAAAUAUGAACAGUAUGUUCCUCCACCCCUAUUUUCAGUGUCAACAUUUUUGGUUCUUAUUUUCUGCCUUCAACUACUUAGUUUCAUUUCAUUUAUCUUGCUGAAAACACUCCCCAUUUGCAAGAAGCAGAGAAACAGUCAGUCGUCUUCAAGCUACAAGAACAAUAAUGAGAAUGAAGGCGUCAGGUCCAGCAUGAUGCCGUCUUCUCCCGAGAAAGGAAGGAGUCUAACUUCAGAUGGAGAUAAUGGAAGGGGCAGUGCAUUCAUGACAGAAUCGCACGACUUUGAGAGCUCACCUUCUCCAGUCACUGCCCAAACCAAGAAGAUGAACAACAUGACAUAUACUGUUUUCCUGAUCAUGCAGGCUUGUGCAUCAGCAUUAGCUAAUGGUUUGUUCCCUGCCAUACAGUCAUAUUCUUGCCUUCCUUAUGGUAAUGUGGCGUACCAUUUGGCCAUCAAUCUGGGAAGCAUGGCUAACCCCGUAGCAUGUUAUAUUCUCUUUUUUGUGACAUUCACUUCAUUAAGUGCAAUAUCACUCAUAGCAUUCCCAACUCUUGUUGUGGCUGUGUUUAUAUUUGUCACUGCUACCAUGAGCCCUGAGCCCCCUCUAGUAAAUACUUCAUCUGGAGAAGCACUUGUGGUGAUUUCAUGGGUGCUCUUUACUGGUCUUGUGUCUUACAUAAAAUUGGCGAUUGCCACAAGAUUCCGUAAGAAUGGAGGGAAAGGUCUUUUCUGGUAUGGUGCAAUGACUCAGGUUGGCUCAGCAAUUGGAGCAGUUACAGGCUUUGCUCUUUUGAAUUACACGGGAGUUUUCAAAUCUUACUCACCAUGCUGAUAGAUUUUAAAGAUUUUUAUUCUAGGAACAAUUUUAUAAAAUAAAGUUGACAAUGUAAGUAGUGUACUUACUUACUGUUCCCUUGUAUUCUGUUGCAUUGCUUUAUGUAGGAAAUGUUUUGUACUGUUCUCUGGCUGUACUCAGAAAAUAAUAUUUAAUCAUGCAACUUAUUACUGUUGUUCUGGGAUUUUUCUCAUCACUUUGAGCAUGACAUGUAAUUUUGUCAGCAUAAGACUGAUUAAUUUGGUAAUUCAUUUUUUAUAAUCUUGUGCUAUGGAAUUUCUUUUACUCUAUUUUUAGUACCAUACUAAACUGUUGAAUGACUGUCACUCAUCAAAUUGCCUCAUAAUUACAGGUUACUAUUGGGCUGUAUUUUAAUUGUCAUAUGGUAUGCCCUAACAUCAAUUGUACAUUCUUAGCACUAUUUUAAAUAUUAUGGAUUCAAUGAAAUCCUGAAGGGUAUUUCAGCAAUUUUACUUUCUCAGUGUGUUUUAAUCAUUAUCAGUGUAAUGAAAUUCUCAAAAGAGUACCUCAGCUCAAAACCAAAGUGUGGUGAUUGACUGAAUAAAUUAUGAUUUGGGCAUGAAGUUUCAUAAUUGUUGUUAAAGUUAAGGGAUCAAUUAAUGGACAAUAUAAACUUAGAUAAGUCAACCCACCUUAGGAAUAUGAAGUUACCUAAUAUACCAAUUGCUUGCAAAAAUCUUAGAUUCUAGUAGUUUUAUUGUUCUAUGUUUUGUGUGUCAUGUUCACAUGGUUUUCCAUGCUGGCAAGCUCUCUGAAAAGAUAGAACCUAAGCAUAAAUUGUCAAGUCCUCUGAUUGCUCCUUAGAAGAAAAUUAUUAAAUGUAGACAAACUAUAGCACGUUCCAUUAGAGCUCUUGUGAUUUAAUACCUUUUAGAGACAGGGUAUAGAUUAAGAAUGGUGUGAUGGUGAUUGGGCUUUUAAAAAUUGUCAGUAUUCUGGUGUCACAAUAAAUUGAAAUUUUUAAAAAGAAAA